UGUCAAGUGCUAUUCCCGAUAAGAGUUUAACAAUCAAAUAUUUCCGAGCCACCAGCCUGGCGGUUAUACUAACACAGAGUAAAAUGUCCGAACCACACAUAACGUAUCGGCUUACGAGCCGGCAGCUAAUCUGAUAAGAUAGCAGUUUGUCGAAUGAGGCUGUAAUCUCCUCGCAGUCGAUGCAAAACCUGUGAAAUAAUUUCUUCUCUUUUUUUUUCUAAGCUCAGAAGGUUUUUACGCGAGUGACAGUAGCUGCGUGUUAAGGAUACUGUGAAAUUGGGGUGCUACAAUGCUGAUGAAAAGCAAGAGUCUAAUCAACAGCAGCAACAACAAGUGGUCGAAUAAACUGUGACGUUAUGACAAUAAAAGUGCGCCUCUAAUCUCGAGAGUCUCCGUCCUUCUGGUUUCCUCAAGAAUAACAGCCAACGAAUAGCUGUAUUGUGAACAAGUGAAUAUUGGUAACACCAAACGUGUUUGUACACGUUAUAGUACAGUGAUUUUUUAUUAUUGUGCUGCUGCGUGAUAAAAAAAAAAAAAAUAUGGGUAAGAAGUACGGCGUCUUCCUCUCUGUCACCGCUCUCAUCUCGAUCGCAUCGGUAGUCAUCAUUUGCAUAUCCAUGGGUACGACUGGAUGGGUUUACGCAACGGCUGCUUCGGUCUCAGGUCUCACUUAUGGAGACUCCGACGUGAACCAUGGACUCUUCACCGGAAGCUUGACGCGACAACUGGUCCAGACGGCGACGAACUACGAUCUAUACAUAACCUGCGUUUGGGGCUCGAACGCGUGUGCGUGGAGCUGCUUGUCCACAGCUUCGGAAAGAACGGCUGAAGUGGAAAGCCUCUUGGCCGGAGAAACACCUUCAUUCGCCUGCAGCGUGUCGACACGAGCCCUGACCAGCACUGGCUCUACAAUAUCCAGAGCCGACAAUGGAACUUCUACCUCAGAUUUUUUAAACGCCGGUGCCUGGCUGAGCAAUGUCAUUUUUAUGACCCUGCUUCUAGCUGCAGCCGCAAUCUCCGCCGGUCUUUCGGUUGUCAACAGCGUAUGGAGUCCGUCAGAAUCGUACUUGAACGUCCUGGGUAUCUACAUAGCUAAUGCCGUCACCGUAGGCUUGGACGUCAUCGUUCUCAUCAUUUGGGGAGUCCACUAUGGGGUGAGAACACAGACCAACGUUGCUAUCAGAGACACGAUCGUCGGUGAAUUCACUUCUGAAACAUCUCUCGGAUAUUCGUACUGGCUUUUAUUGACGCCACCCUUCCUUCACGCUAUCAAUAUCGGUCUCCUCUACCUGCGAGACACGUUGAUAAACAGCGAGCCGCCCGAAACGAAGAUAGACAUCGAAGACAUCGCCGACGGGACUCUGGUGCUGUUCUAGGAUCCCAAUCCACUCGAAUAAUUCCUAAUUAUAACAUUACUUUAUAAUAUAAUUAACGAUAAUAAAACCUAUUUAAAUACCCGA